AUGACUUCUGUCAUUGGGCUGGAUCAGGGAUGGGCAGCUGUGGCUAGUGUGGAAGUGUUCCUGUGGCUCAGUGAUCACGCCAAUCUGGCUCUGGACCCUCUGCGAAAGAACCCCCCAGCGGAACCUGCUGCCUCAUCAGCACCUGCUCCCACAGCCGUGGCUCGCAAGAGCCCCGUGGAGACUCGCGCAGCCUCCACCAACACACAGACGCCUGUGGACCUCACAGAACAGACUAGAGGUGCCGAUGUCCCGAAACCAAGCGUACCAGAGUCCAGUCAGUCCAGAGGAGGAAACAGGGACACUUCUAAACGGCUUGCAGGUUAUAACACGUCUGCUGAAAAGCCUUUCACCGCAGUGACUCUGUUUUCACACAAGUUCAGUUUACAGCUGACGACAGAGGAUGGAGACAUUCUGCUGGAUUACUCCAAGAAUCUCAUCAAUGAAGAAGUCCUGCGCAUGCUCUUCGACAUGGCACGAUCGGUGGGCGUUGAAGCUGCCAGAGAGAAGAUGUUUGCUGGAGAAAAGAUUAACUUCACUGAGGGUCGUGCUGUUCUCCACACCGCCCUGAGGAACCGCUCGAACACUCCCAUCAUGGUGGAAGGUAAAGACGUGAUGCCGGACGUGAACAGAGUCCUGGAGCAGAUGAAGGGCUUUUGCCAUAGAGUGCGCAGUGGCGAGUGGAAAGGCUUCAGUGGUAAAGCCAUCACUGAUGUUGUGAACAUUGGCAUUGGUGGUUCUGACUUGGGUCCUCUGAUGGUGACUGAAGCUCUGAAGCCGUACUCUAAAGGAGGACCCAACGUCUGGUUCGUCUCUAAUAUUGAUGGCACGCACAUGGCCAAGACCCUCGCCCAGCUCAACACUGAGACCACCCUCUUCAUCAUCGCAUCCAAGACAUUCACCACCCAAGAGACCAUCACUAACGCUGAGACGGCCAAAGAAUGGUUCCUCCGGGCCGCUAAAGAUACAUCUGCUGUGGCUAAACAUUUUGUGGCUCUUUCCACAAAUGCACCAAAAGUCAAGGACUUUGGUAUCGACACCAACAACAUGUUUGAGUUUUGGGAUUGGGUCGGCGGGCGCUACUCGCUGUGGUCGGCUAUCGGUUUGUCCAUUGCACUGCACAUAGGUUUUGACAGUUUUGAGCAGCUUCUAGCUGGUGCUCACUGGAUGGAUAACCACUUCCGCUCGGCUCCUCUGGAGCAGAACGCCCCGGUCAUACUAGCCCUGCUCGGCGUCUGGUACGUCAACUUCUUCCAGGCCGAGACACAUGCCCUGCUGCCCUACGACCAGUACAUGCACCGCUUCGCUGCGUACUUCCAGCAGGGAGACAUGGAGUCCAACGGGAAGUACAUCACCAAGUCUGGCACUCGUGUGAAUUACCACACUGGACCCAUCGUGUGGGGGGAACCAGGAACCAACGGACAGCAUGCCUUCUACCAGCUCAUUCACCAGGGCACUCGCUUGAUUCCGGCUGACUUCCUCAUUCCUGCUCAGAGUCAGCAUCCUAUCAGAGAUAAUCUGCAUCAUAAGAUCCUGAUGGCAAACUUCCUGGCGCAGACGGAGGCUCUGAUGAGGGGAAAGACCCCUGAAGAGGCCAAGAAGGAGCUCCAGGGUGCUGGGAUGUCUGGAGAUGCACUGGAAAAACUCUUGCCCCAUAAAGUUUUUGAAGGAAACAAGCCAAGCAACUCUAUCAUCUUCAAGAAACUUACUCCUUUCAUGCUUGGUGCACUCGUUGCAAUGUAUGAACACAAGAUCUUUGUGCAAGGUGUGAUGUGGGAUAUCAACAGCUAUGACCAAUGGGGCGUGGAGCUCGGCAAGCAGCUGGCCAAGAAGAUCGAACCCGAGCUGCAGGACGACGCAGACGUUCAUUCCCACGACUCCUCCACCAACGGACUCAUCAGCUUCUUCAAGAAGAACCGCUCUUAAAUGUUUCCUCCCCUUUAACCCUACCUCUGCCGGCCCCCUCAUCCAAUGAGAUUAGUGAAUUAUGUAUUAACACUUGGCAUAGUUCAGACGGUAAGCCUAGACAAGGAGGACGAGCACUUUGUCUGUCAUCAUCUAUAAGCCAUGAGAUUCUUGUGUGUUGUGUAAGAUUUGACUCGAUCAUGUAUCUGUGGACCAGUAUGGAUGACUAUCUGUUUGCACUGCGCAUUCUAGAUGGAUUUCAUGUUCUCCUUUGGACCAAUGAAACCACAAUAAAUGUAUUAUGUCACC